AUGUCCACCAAGGUGAACAAAGCGGCUAACGCCAACGCAAAUGGUCAUGGCUUGCCUGGCCACAAAAUUGGAAAUAUCGCUGGGGUGAAAAGACUGGCCGAAACUCAACAAAAUGGGGUUAUCGAGUCUGUACCCGACCCCAAGAAGAUACGAGAAGCUGUUUCUGCGCAAACUCGUUUACCGGAUGACCAAGGUCGACUUAAGAGCAAGUUUUGGAAUCCUUUCAUACUUCCGUGGACGAAAAAGGGCUUAAAGGAAGGGUCUCGUCGAAAAUGGCCACGCCCGAGCGAGCCCAUAACAAAGAUCGAAGACGUACCCGAAGGAUGGAGAUGGGAUCCAAUGGAUGAAGAUGUCGAUUCAGAUGAUAUCGACGGCAAUAUUGUGAGAAGCAAGAAGCGGAUCAAGGAUGGAAUCAUGCCCCAAGUCUUUGAAACAAGGUUAUCGACAUACAAGAUGCUAAAGGCGCAUCGUGACAAAUUGAUUUCUUCAGAGAAGCGCGGCUUGAGCUUGGAUGUCGUCAAACGACUGGAUAAUCUGAAAAUCAUUGAGAAAAGCCUUGAGGAAAAUGGAGAUGCCUGGGAGGAGCUGCCGAAUGUGAAGGCUAUUAUCAAAGCCUACAGGUCCAAGAAACUGAAGUGGUCAAACGAAGGCGAAGCAACUUACUGGUUUCAGGGAACGCAACUUUGUGAGCCAAAGAAAUGGAGCUGGAGCGACAUCAUCAAGGUUAAUCAAGAGGUUCAGGGUUCGAAGGGUUUCUGGGUUGAAGGUAUUGAUGGACCUGGGCCGACAGGGGUCUUUUUCGCAUGGUCAUGGACCCCAGAUCCUGCUAAAUUAACAUUUCAGCACCAUAUUCAAUUUGAAAUUCGAGUUCCACCGCUUAUAGGACAUCCCCCCAUGAAACCAACAUCACCUGGCUCGUUGGGCUGGAGAGGAAGAUUCUUCGACGACACUGGAAGUGAGGCAGUCACCAUAUUCGACGACGACCUGAACGAGAUUAUGAAUUUGGCUCCACAAGGGAUCCGAGUACCAGUCAUCGGAGAAUACAAUAUGAUUACUGUCGGGGGCAAAAGUGUCACUCACAGAAACAUCGUGCUGCAGGCUCGAGUCAUCGGGCCUGGAGAACAUGCUAUGACAAAUUGGUAUUCAGUACGAGUUGCCGUGUGGCCUACCUCUCAAAAGGUAGAUGUGCCCGUGAGACUCAGUGGGGGUUGGUGGCGACAUGUGCUAUAUGUCGCCAACGCCCCAGAUAACAGGGGCCAUUUAUAUGCCAGCACUACGAAACAAGAUUUGUGCAAAAUGCUACCGGAUGUUGAUUUUCAACAGGCGCAGGGACCAAAGAAUGUCCCUCCACCUCCGCCCCCACCCUCUGGCGCACCGCCUUCUCCCGGACCGCCCAAAGGACCACAUGGGGGACUCUCUGGCGGACCCUCUGGCGGAUCCACACCAAGAGCUCCUUACGGACCCCCACCGGGUUUUCCUCUCCGAGCACCUUCACAUAGACUUCCUUAUGCAGCUCCGCCCCAUGUAACAUCGUUCCCACCUGAGUACCUAGUCCAUGGAAUUUACCCCGAGUAUCCGUGGGACUUCCGAACAUCGUUUCAGAAAGGACCAUUUGGAAGUGACCCUUACACUCAAUAUGUUCCAUGGACUAGAGUGCGCCUGCCUCUACCACCACCAACCACAAGGCCGACUUCUGUUCAAACUCAAGGCCAGACUGAAGGCCAGACUGAAGAUCAAACUAACAGGCUAUCUGAGGAUCAGAAGGGGAAAGAAGGGGAAGAGCCGGCCCCAGAGAAUGAUAAAGCACUUAUCCCGGGUCGGACUUAUCUGACUACUCGUGGAUUAGUUACUAUCGAAAGUUCAGGGCCAAGCACACUGGGAUCAGAUCGAUCUACAAGCCAGAAGGGAAAGCAAAGGGACCCUGGGCCGGAGCCCGCGCAGCCGCAGUUAUGGGGUUAUUUCUUUGUGCUUCCCGGGCAAGGUUUGGCGCCGGGUUGGUACUACUGCCCGCCGCCUCCAGGGGUAACUCCACACCUGCCUAAUGGGACAUAUCCGAUGUACAACCAAGGUUGGGUCCCGGGUCCCGAAGGGCCAAUGCCAGGUUGGUUGUUGUCAAAUGAGCCUGAUACCCGUACAGCACCUCGGGCAGGCGGUCCAAUGAUGGGAACAAUAACGGAUCCAUUUAGAUCCCAAUCUCAAACCAUGUCUGCCCUGGGAGGGGAUAGCAAGGCAGCAGCUGAGGCACUCAUGACACAAGGAGAUUUUAAUCCUGAAGCAGCUACAUAUGUUCCACCACUGAAUCUUGACCCAAGCGCAAGUGUAUAUGCUCCGGCAACAAGGCAGUCAGCCCCGGGUCCUGAACAAACCGAAACACAACUUAGACAAACCGGAAUAAGUCCAGAAAUGGCAAGGCUGGGCGUUACCGAGCUUGAAGACCAAUCAGAAUGGCCCCUACUCCCUGGGGCAGCAGUGACAGCAGCUGUUCAGGAACUACCACCAUGGGUCCCACUCGGAACAAACCCAGUGACAGCAGCUGAACGAUUGCCAUGGCCUCCACUCCCUGGAACAACCCCAGUGGCAACAGCGGCAGAACUACCACCAUGGCCAGCGCCAGCGCCCGCGCCCGCGCCCGUUCAACCAGCCAGGGUUUCGAAUCAACGCCGAAGACAAGUAGAAAAAAAGAGGUUUAACGACUGGUUUUUCAAGUCUUAG